UUAGCUUGCACUGCUGAAUAUUUGUACUGGAAUGGAUGAAGACUUAAUUGUGCAUAAUGGCGGAUGCCACUGUGGAAGAGUAAGAUGGCGAGUCCAAGCACCAAGUAGUGUUAUAGCGUGGAAGUGCAACUGUUCUGACUGCUCAAUGAGAGCCAAUGUUCACUUCAUCGUUCCUUCUCAAAGAUUUGAGCUUUUGGGAGAUUCCAAAGAGUUUCUUACGACAUACACUUUUGGCACUCAUACAGCAAAGCACAUAUUCUGUAAGGUCUGUGGCAUCACUUCAUUCUAUAUUCCACGAUCAAAUCCAGAUGGAAUUGCAGUUACAUACAGGUGCAUAGACCCAGGAACCCUGUCCCAUGUUGAGAUUAAGGUUUAUGAUGGAAAGAAUUGGGAGAGUUCAUAUAAUCAAGCAGGGAUUGCUUCAUGUUCAAAGACUAAUGAGCCAAAAUAACUAGCUCCUAAUUGCAGCUUGUAGGUUUUAUGAGCCACACAAGUCCAUUUCCUGAAAACACCUGCAAAUCCUGAUCUUGUAUUCUACAGACAAAAUGAGUUUAUAUAUAUGUAAGAAACUCUAUGAAUUAGUAUUGAACUGCUUCUGCAUUUCAAGUAAA